AUGUACCCGAUAAUUUGGGUUGCUGCAACUGAUAAAUACCAUCUUUCUCUGGCGGUUUUUCUUCCUUGCGGUUUUCUGAUCUCUCGCUCGCACUGGCCCUACGAAGUGGGUUCCGCUUUGUUCAUCCGGGUAGGGCGCCGGGAGAUAUCGAGGGGAGACGGUCGUUUCGCAUGCGUUGACCAUCCUUUUCUGAAAACGCGUCCGUCUCUCUCGCUUCGAUGCUGCCGCGUUCUGCGCUUUCUUCCUCGUCUUUCCCUAGCAACGAGCCGGCUUAUUCUUCAGCCGACUUCGAGAGGCUCGCGCGAGCUCUAG